AUGAGAAGCAGAGUUAUAGUGAACUCGUUGCUUUUGACCGUUGCCGACGGUUGGACGAAUGGAUCCCCUACAAGUCCAGAAAGCGUCCUUGUUUUUGCCAAACACUGGGCAAAAUGGAGGGCAACAGAGUACAAAGAAGAUCAAUCAGGCGGUGAACCAGAGUGCGCUAAGAUGUUGGCCGACAGGAAGAAGUGGCGAAGAAUCGUGAAGCGUAUCACAUCACGUGAUGUCCACGACUGCUCCGCCAAGAGUGUCACGAAGAAGAAAAAGAAUAUUUUAUUC